AUGAGUCAGUUCCUCGGCCGUCAGGACUGCAUCGAAAGCCUCCGGAAAGAUCUGGUCGACCUUCAGGGUGCGACUCUGGACGUGUUUUCCAGAACCGGACCGGUCCGCUUCUCCUCCUGGAAGUUCCCCGAUAAGAUGUCCUGUAAUCUGGACAUGGUAGCUCUUCUGGAGCAGUAUGACUUUGUGGAUGGGGAGGAUGCGUUCAAUCAGCACUCCCACAUUGUGUUACUGGAGCUAGUGAUUGACAGGUAA